UCUUCGCGCGCCUCUUUUCUUCCCCUCUGCCGUUGCCACCUCCGAGCCAGGGAGAGCAGAGCAGAGCAUAGCAUCCGAGAAGCACUCAUCGCCAUGGCCAUGGCUUCCACCGCCCUCUCAUCGGCCUUCACCCUCCUCCACGCCAAGCCCGCCGCCACCUCCCUGCCCCGGCCACACCCAUUCUUCGUCCCCAUGCACGGUCGCCGCCCCUCCGUCGCCGUCGCCUGCACCUCAACCGCGGCGGCCUCCCCGAAGGUGCUGGAGCUGGGGGACGCCAUCGCGGGGCUGACCCUGGAGGAGGCGCGCGGGCUGGUGGACCACCUGCAGGAGCGCCUGGGCGUGUCGGCGGCCGCGUUCGCGCCCGCCGCCGCCGUGGCCGCGCCGGCCGGACCGGCGGCCGAGGCCGAGGCGCCCGCGGAGCAGACGGAGUUCGACGUGGUGAUCGAGGAGGUGCCGAGCAGCGCCCGCAUCGCCACCAUCAAGGUGGUGCGCGCGCUGACCAACCUGGCGCUCAAGGACGCCAAGGACCUCAUCGAGGGCCUCCCCAAGAAGCUCAAGGAGGCCGUCGGCAAGGACGAGGCCGAGGACGCCAAGAAGCAGCUCGAGGCCGUCGGCGCCAAGGUCACCGUCGCCUGAGCCUGACCUUGACGACGUUGCUGCUGCCUACGUUGCUACUAGGAAUUCCGUAAUUUUACCAAAAUUUUCCUUGUCGAAAAGACAUUUUCUCUUGUGUAAUUGUAUCCGGCCAGUUGCAAGAUCUUGCGUCCUUUAUAUACCCUGUUUCUUGCUCUGUUUUUUUUAUC